AUGGGCGAGUAUGGAGCGUCGCUGGAGGAGCUUCGCGCCCUCAUGGAGUACAGGGGUGCAGAAGCCAAGGAGAAGAUCGACGCCGAUUAUGGUGGGAUCACAGGUUUAUGUGAACGGCUAAAAACUGAUCCGAACAAUGGUAUCCCAAAUACGACCACUGAGUUGGAACGACGACGGGCAGUGUUUGGCGCCAACGAAAUUCCACCUCAUCCGCCCAAAUGUUUUCUACAAUUGGUGUGGGAAGCAUUGCAGGUUCGUCAUUUUUCCGUUGUGUAUUGA